UGUUACAUGUUCUUAUCGUUAGGGGUUACAGUAAAUCAUUUUCUCACAAUUUUCAAUCUGCUUGAAAGAAUGACAACUAUCGGUAGGACAAUGAAGUGUCAUUCCAGAGUUGUUGAUGUUUUGUCAGGUCCAUGAUUUUCUACAGGGGUUUCUCCAGAUCCGGUGAAGGGAGGGUGGGGGAGUGGAUUCUUUUAAAGCUGUAACUGUUUCUUUACAACAGAAGUUGUUGCCUUCUUUUCAAGUUUAAACUUUUUAAUACUUUCUCAGAUCGCACAAAAGUGAACUCUUCUCCUCUGGUACCAACUGCGUUUCAACACUCGUGUGUUGAUGUAUUGAUUCUGCUGUUUCUUUUGAUCAGCUCUGUGUUGUUGCACCUGUGAGAGUAAGAACGCAUUUGGCCUUUUGAAACUUGAUUGACCUAAUUUAAAUAUUGAGGGCGUUUCCUUCAACCUAAAACAUUCACAAUAGAAUAGGCUGAUUUGAAAUUCUAAGUUAAUAUUUGGUUUGUAUUUCAUGCUAGCAGUUGGACUAGCGUGGUUACUACAGCUCUAAAGGUAUUUUUACUCUUUCUUGUUAUUUAGUUGGUUUAACCCCAUUUUGUUUGAACUCUUCACUUGCAUUGUUUACAGAAGAGUUAUUUCUUUAACACUUGUGUUAUCAAUCAUUCUAGCAGUUUGGCUGUGUUGCAUUUUAUUGUUCUUGGGACAAUCAUAAAGUAAUAAGAACUGAGGACAUACCAUUACGUUUUUGGCUUAUCUUAGCUAUGCUUGGCUAAUUAUUAAGUGUGCUUAAUAGUGGCUUUAGUGUCUCUACUCCUCCUUCAGAUCCUCAAACUGAUAAUGGAUGAGCCACAAGCCAAGAUGAGCAGCUUUGGAGAGGUCCUGAAGGAGAUAGGGGAGUUUGGUUUAUUUCAGAAAAGCUUACUUAUUGCGCUGUGCAUACCCAGCAUUUUCCCAGCUUUCGACGUGACAAGCCAGGUGUUUACUGGAAUGAGUUUCCCACAUCACUGUAACACUGACUGGAUUUUGGAGAAUGGACCAAACCUAACCAAAGAGAGGCAGAGAAAUCUUACCAUCCCCGUGGAUGAGAACGGAAGAUUUGAAAGCUGUAAAAUGUUCAUCCCUGUGAAUCUGGAUUUGGAAAUGAUUGAAAAGUAUGGUCUUAACGGGACAACAGGAUGCAUCAGUGGCUGGGACUAUGAGGUCCAACCUGGUGUUUCCAACAUUGUGACAGAGUUUAAUCUGGUUUGUGACAAAAGUGGUUUAAUUGAGGCAUCACAGUCCAUCUACAUGGCUGGUGUUCUGGUCGGUUCACUGAUGUUUGGGGCAAUUUCUGACAGGUUUGGCAGAAGAUUUGGGAUCCUUCUUUCAGUUUUCAUCCUGCUGUUGUUCAGCGUCAGCACAGCUUUCUCACCAAACAUCUACGUUUACAUGACUCUCAAAUUUUUAUGUGGAACUGGUGUUGUUAUCAUGAACACAUUUGUGAUGGUGGUGGAAUGGACAGAUCCUUCAAAAUCAGCUCUCUGCACGAUGUCCAUCAUGAGCUUCUUUUCAGUAGGACAGAUAAUUUUGUCUGGGAUUGCUUAUUUGACAACAAACUGGAAGAACAUGCAACUGGUGCUCUUUAGCCCUCUCGUCAUUGUCCUGGUGACCAUGUUAUGUUUUCUUCCAGAGUCGCCCCGAUGGCUCGUGUCUCAGGGCAAGAAGGAGGAGGCUCUGAAGGAGCUCCAACGGGCCGCCAAAGCUAACAAGAGAAAUGUAACAGCGGAUCUGCUUGAUAAGAUCAAUGUGGAGCCUUCUCCAAACAGAAAGAACAUGGUGGACAUUUUCCGAGUAGCCUACUUAAGAAAGAAUACUGUAAUCAUGGCCUUUAACUGGUUUGCAGCAACUUUUCUGUUUUACGGACUGAGCCUAAAUAUCGGAAGUUUCGGCCUAAACAUCUACCUCACGCAGCUCAUCUUUGGCUUCAUUGAAAUUCCUGCCAACAUGGCUGGCUUGACUCUGAUUCAGCGCUUUGGGAGGAGAAUAUGUGAAGCAGGUUUCCUGAUCUUUGGUGGGGUUUCUUGUUUGGUGGCCAUUAUUAUCCCAAAAGAUCUUCCAGCGAUAGUGACUGUCAUAGCAAUGCUGGGAAAGUUUGCUGCUACAGCUGCCUGCAGCACGGCCCAUGUCUAUACAGCUGAAUUGUACCCUACAGAUUUAAGACAUAGUGGUGUCGGCUUCAACGCCAUGUGUGCUCGUGUGGCUGGCAUACUCUCACCACUGGUCAGGCUCUUGGAGAUCUACCAUUAUAGUGUUCCCAUGGUGGUGUACGGCAUCAUCCCAAUGGCUGCUGGCGGUUUCUGCUUGCUACUGCCCGAAACACUCAAUGUUGAAUUUCAGGAGGUCACAGUGAUCGGGCAUAGAAUAAAUGGACCACUGGAGGACCAACGUUGCACUGAAGACACUGUCAAGAGUUCAUAAACUGUAAUGUUUAUCUUGGUUGUCUUAUGCCAGCCUAACCAUGCUUUAAGCUUUUCCACUGUCUACAGUUUCUUUGCUUUUAUGAUUGUGUUUGUUCAAUAAAGUCCUCUAACAAACCUCUGAGGUCUUCACAGAGCAGCUGGAUUUAUACUGGUGACUUUAUUGCAUUUGGUUGGAUAAUAAUUUGUGAGUCUGAAGUAGAAGGGGGCUAGAUUAAAAUGCCACCCUUUUCUGAUUCGUUA